AAGCUGUCUCUCAGAUUGCAUUUGCUUUCACGGAUCUGUUUAGUACUGAAAGGGAAAGGGGGAGGGGGAAAAAAAGAAGGCAAAAGUGCUGCACUGAAUGUGAGAUCAUGCAAAAGCUAGUGCUCUAUGCUUCUAUUUACCUGUUCAUGCUGAUUGCAGUUGAUCUGGUGGCUCUUGAUGACAGUAGUCAGCCCACAGAGAACGCUGAAAAGGACGGACUGUGCAAUGCUUGUACGUGGAGACAGAAUACAAAAUCUUCCAGAAUAGAAGCCAUAAAAAUUCAAAUCCUCAGCAAACUGCGUCUGGAACAAGCUCCUAACAUUAGCAGGGAUGUUAUUAAGCAACUUUUACCCAAGGCUCCUCCACUGCAGGAACUGAUUGAUCAGUAUGAUGUGCAGAGAGAUGACAGUAGCGAUGGCUCUUUGGAAGAUGAUGACUAUCAUGCCACCACCGAAACGAUUAUCACAAUGCCUACAGAGUCUGAUUUUCUUGUACAAAUGGAGGGAAAACCAAAAUGUUGCUUCUUUAAGUUUAGCUCUAAAAUACAAUAUAACAAAGUAGUAAAGGCACAAUUGUGGAUAUACUUGAGGCAAGUCCAAAAACCUACAACGGUGUUUGUGCAGAUCCUGAGACUUAUUAAGCCCAUGAAAGAUGGUACAAGAUAUACUGGAAUUCGAUCUUUGAAACUUGACAUGAACCCAGGCACCGGUAUUUGGCAGAGUAUUGAUGUGAAGACAGUGUUGCAAAAUUGGCUCAAACAGCCUGAAUCCAAUUUAGGCAUCGAAAUAAAAGCUUUUGAUGAGAACGGACGGAAUCUUGCUGUAACUUUCCCAGGACCGGGGGAAGAUGGAUUGAACCCAUUUUUAGAGGUCAGAGUUACAGACACACCAAAACGCUCCCGCAGAGAUUUCGGUCUCGACUGUGACGAGCACUCCACAGAAUCCCGCUGCUGCCGCUACCCGCUGACGGUGGAUUUCGAAGCGUUCGGCUGGGAUUGGAUUAUCGCUCCUAAACGAUACAAAGCCAACUACUGCUCCGGAGAGUGUGAAUUUGUGUUUUUACAAAAGUACCCGCACACCCACCUGGUGCACCAAGCCAACCCCAGAGGCUCGGCAGGCCCUUGCUGCACGCCCACCAAGAUGUCCCCCAUCAACAUGCUGUACUUCAACGGCAAAGAACAAAUCAUCUACGGCAAGAUACCAGCCAUGGUUGUAGAUCGCUGCGGCUGCUCGUGAGAUCCUCGCCGGAUCCACUGCUUCACACAUUGUGGAAGCUACCAAAAAAAAAAGGAAAAAAAAAAGGAAAAAGAAAAGAAAAAAAAAAAGGAGAAAAACAGAAAAAGUUAUACCCCCUCACCAGUGUUUCAAACUGUGAAGUUAUGUAUGUACACAAGGCAUUGCCGACCUCCUGUGUGCUACCAGCAGUAGUUACAGAACGUGAACUAAAGGACAAUGUAAUUACCUGAUGGCUGCUUGUGAGCCAGCAAAAGAGAAAAGCUACAAUCAAAAUCACCGGAUUUAAUCCACAAAGUUCUCGCAUUAUGAGGGAAUCAACAUUCAGUCAUUUGGAUGCAAAUUUAUAUGCAGGUUUCAGUACACAUUGGUAAUCAAAAGCAAGCUCCUUCUCACCUGAGGACAGAAGAAGCAGGCUUUUAGGUUCCUUUCUUCACAACUUCACUUAAUAUCAUAUUUACAGGAACACAUAUACCGGAACAUACACCACUACACAAUACCACCAGAACCAUCCUUAAACACUUGAAUAUAUAGAGCAGACUUAUGAAAUGUAUCAGAUGAAAUUCCACAUAAAUGGACAAACCCUGAAAUUAGGGAUGGCAUAGUGUAUUUAGCGUGUUUCCAUUCCUUUUUCUCAUUAGUAUGCUAGUAAUCAAUGGCAAUGGUGCUACAUAAGCAGGCUGAGUAAACAGAAAGAUAGUUAUAUAAGCGAAGGAAUUUAGGCUUAAUAAUGAAUUUGCCCUAUCCUCAGGUACACUGUUCAACAUUCUCAAGAAAUAGAUAUUUUUUAAUUGAAAAGGAAUAGUUUUCUAGACAUGGAAAAACAGAAGGCAGCAGAGAAAUCCAACAUUCAAAUUGCAAUCCCACAUUUUAACCUGCCUUUGCAACAUUACCGUUUGCACUAUGGUAAACCAAUACAAAUAGUUGGUUGCUACAGAUAUUGUUUAAAAACCACUUUGAUAUAACUGACUUGUGUAAUAUGUAUGCAUCAAUAUUUUGUAAAUAAAUGUUUAUUUUUUAAUCACUGUUGGUAUAUGUUCAUCACAAAGAAAAGAAUGGCUUUAACCUGUACUUUAGUUCAAUAAACAAACCCCAAUAAUCUCUUCAUAAUAUAAUUUUCUGGAUUUUAACACAAAUAAUAUGUAGGAACAAUGCAACAAAGUAAACCAUAUGUUGAGGAUUAUUCUACAUUUUAUAUGUUUUUUACAUUGGUAUGAGCCAUCUAGGAUAAAUGAUGGCUGUUGACAUGUUUAUAAGGUUCUUUGGGUUACUGUUUUUAUGGUCAUUUUGAUCCACAAUUGAAUUUCCAUACUUUGAAUGUUAUGUUCAUAAAUAAUAAUGAUACCACAGAAGAUUGCUAUUAAAUGCAUUUUAUUAUAUUUAAAAGUUUGCAGCAAAGUAUUUUCUGUAUUUGAGUAAACAUAGUACAUGGAUUUCCACACAAAUUCUGUACAUUUUCCUUAUACUAAAAAAUUGUUAAUUGAAAUUAAAAAGAUCUAUUUACUAUAAA